UCUUUCCAAUAUUCCAUACAUUCUUAUCGCAGAGUGAGAAGAUACUGAAACAUUUAGCUCAUCGCAGACGAGCGCUUUAGCGCCAUGACGUCUACACCGAAAAACCCGGUGAUUUUCUUAUUGGUUGUAGCCGGCUUCCUGGCCGCUACAACCGCCAUGGAACAGACCCAAUCUCAUUCCGUCGACGACAGAAUAUGCCCCAUCCAAGAACUGAGAAACGUAACGGUCAUGAAAGACGUUGAAAGGAAGGAUGAGGUGCCCUACCAGGAAUGUUCCCUAGCAACGACGGAACCGGACAAAUACGAGAUAAUACAAGAAGAUCCUGUGGUGAAAGGCUACUGUACCAUGUUGGUCACCACCAUUGUACAAGAGCCCACCAAUGAGGAGCAGUUAGUCACCGUGACCGCCUGCUGUGAGGGCUGGACCGGGGACGACUGUAAUACAGCCGUGUGCGCCGAGCCCUGCCUACAUGGUGGUCGCUGCUCCAGACCGAACACCUGCGACUGUACCAAUACAGACUACGGAGGAGAAUUCUGUGAAAUGCCUCUGUGUCCAUCUGGUUGUUUGAAUGGAGGACAGUGUAUUGCCCCGAAUGUCUGCGGCUGCCCCUCAGGCUUUGAGGGUGCCGCAUGUGAAAAGUUUUCGUGUAAAGAGAUCGGGAAUUGUGUCCACGGUGUCUGUAGAGGGCCUAACACAUGUGCAUGUACUACUGGAUGGGCAGGAGCCAAUUGUGACCAAGUCGACUGUGGCGGAGACUGUCACCCAGGAACCUGUGGAGAGGAUGGCAAAUGUAUUUGUCCCGAGUUCUACGAAGGCUUAUUCUGCGACAUACCUGUUUGUGAGCGUCCGUGUCAGAAUGGAGGAUCAUGCGUGGCCCCCCACACAUGUAGCUGUCCUGUUGGGUAUAUGGGAGCCACUUGCAGUCUCAGUUUGAUCACUGAUAGCUCAGAUUUUGUGACAAGGCUAACGGACAUACCGUAUGACGAACAUGCAAGAUGUACAGUUUAUGGAGGGAAGCAUUUUCAGACGUUUGAUGGCCUCACGUACAACUACCCUGGAAAAGGAACGUACACGUUGUUUGAGGAUUGCCAAACCAUUGACCCCGUCUUUAGAGUUCACAUCAACCUUACCUCUAGUUGUCGUGAGGAUGAGCCUGGUGACUGCGAUGUAGCCUUAAAGAUCACCAAGUCUGGGUACAGAAUUGACAUCCUUCCCGGAGGUAAGGUAUUUGUCAACAACCGUCAGGUGGAACCUCCCCAGCAGAUAGGCACUGUGAUCAUCACAACCAUUGCAGACUACAUUACCGUCACCGGAUUAGGGGAACUGAGGAUGAAGUUUGAUGGGAGGAAGAGUGUGUAUGUGUAUGCCCCUGAAACUGCCGAGAAACAGCUUUGUGGGUUGUGCGGACUUUACGAUGGAAACCGCACCAACGACCUGACGACGUACGCUGGUGUUCAGAUGAGUGACGUUUUCACGUUUGGCAGCGCCUGGAUGGAUCCUGAGGACACAAGAGUUAUCGCACCUGUUUCCCGCGACCAGGUCCACCCUUGUGCUACUCUGGCGAGGAUCAACCCCACUAUGAUGGACACAAUCCGUUCUGAGUGCCAAGCCUUCUCCAGUGAGCAGCUCAUCUUCAACCAGUGUGCCUUCGCUGUCGACCCUCAGCCCUAUGUCAACACCUGUCUGAGAGACAUGUGCGAAUGUGCGGUGAACAAUGGAGGAGAUCAGCUGGAGACCUGUGAACACUGGCGCUGUGAGAGCGCCAUGCAACUGUCACGUGCCUGCGCACACAAGGGUGUUGUGCUAGACUGGAGAACCUCCAUAUCCUGCCCUGCCCCAUCGUGUGGGGUCAACAUGGCGUUCCGGGAGUGUGGGCGUGACUGUGGGCGCAGCUGUGGCAGCGAGGGUUUCGAGACCGAGUGUGAGAAUGACUGUGUGGACGGCUGCUUCUGUGUCGAAGGAACAUUGUUUGAUGGGUACCACUGUAUCCCCCGUGAUGAAUGCCCCUGUACGCUGAGCAGUGAACAGAGCACCUAUCCUGUUGGAGCUCUCGAAAUACAUGGGUGCGAGAAAUGCUUAUGCCAAUCUGGUGGCCACUGGAACUGUACUACUGACCCAGACUGUCCUGGCCUCUGUACCCUGUCCGGGGACCCCUUCUACCAAACGUUUGACGGGCGCAAGUUUAACUUCGAGGGGGAGUGUGAGUACACACUGGUGAUGCCCAGCCCAGGGGCUGAGCUCGACCCUCCCUUCAGCAUCUGGGUUGAGAACAAAUACUGUGAUCGCAGCGCAGACUCUCUCUGCACCAAGCUGAUCACCAUCCAGAUAGGAGAGGGUGUGAACGGUGUAGUUAUAAGACUGAGAUCAACAGGUGUGAUGGUGAAUGAUAACGAGAUUGGCCUGCCUUACCUGAAGCCAGGACUGUCCAUCAGAGAGGUUUCCUCUAUCUUGACUAGACUCACCUCUGACUAUGGCUUUGACAUUAUCUGGGACAAGAAGUCACGAAUCUACAUCAAGCUUGACCCCAAAUACAGAGGAAAGGUGAUGGGAAUGUGUGGUAACUUCAACAGCGACCUGACGGACGACACCUUAAUCCCCAGCGGGGUAAACAUCAAAGACACGACCCAGUUUGCCCUGGAGUGGAAGACGAACGCAGACUGCGUGAGUCAGGCCACUGAACGUUAUAUGGGCAAAUGCGCACUGAGCGAGGGCUACAGAGAGUACGCCAAGUCACUCUGUAAGACACUGAGAUACGGGCCUUUCAAGUCAUGUCACUACCUGGUUGAUCCGUCUGCGUACAUCUCUCAGUGCGAACACGACGUUUGUACCUGUCACAUGAACAACUGGGAGGGAUGCGAGUGCGCCGCGUUCGCGACGUACGCCAGAGCUUGUGCCCUCAAGGGACGCAUCCUGGACUGGAGAACACCUGAUUUAUGCUUUCACAACUGUACUGGCUCCACUGGAAUGGUAUACCAGGAGUGCGGCCCUAACUGUAAACAGACCUGCCGCGGACUGGAGCCCAUAAACUGUGUAGAGGAAUGUGUGGAGGGAUGUAACUGUCCAAUCGGUCAAAGGUAUGAUGAGGAGAUAGAGAGAUGUGUGGAUAUCCGGGACUGUAAGUGUUACUUCAGGGGAGAGCCGUACGAUGCCGGCCAGGAAAGACGAAGCGAGUGUAACACAUGCACAUGUGAAAACGGUGAAUGGAAAUGCACUGACAGUGUUUGUGAUGUGGCAUCUUUGUGCAAUAACGGCAAAGUGUGGAGUAACUGUUCUGACUGCGAGCCCACCUGUGACAACAUGCACAUUACCUGUCCUACGUCCAGCUGCCGUAAAGAGGGCUGUAUCUGUCCAUCCGACAAAGUCCUCAGCAACGGCGCCUGUAUCAGUCCUCAGGAGUGCCCCUGCCACUUCCAGGGUCAGAGCUACAAGGACAACAGUGUCGUCAAGAAUGGAUGCAACUAUUGCCAGUGCCAAAAUGGACAGUGGACCUGUACAACCAGAAAAUGUGCAGCAACUUGCCAGGCAUUUGGUGAUCCCCAUUACGAGACCUUUGACGGAAACAUGUACGAGUUUAUGGGUGCAUGCAGCUACGUUCUCGUCGAGGAUUUCUGUAACCGUGGCAAAGGGACAUUCAGAGUGACUGUGGAGAAUGUGCCAUGUGGAAAGAUGCGGAAUUCCUGCACCAAAUCUGUCAAGUUCACAAUCCACGACACGGUGAUUCAUCUUGUGCGUGGAUCAGAGCCAGUCGUCACCAAGAACCCGCUGGCACUACCGAACACACCAAGGGCGAGGUACCGCAUCAAGGAGGCGGGGCUUUUCCUCUUUGUGGAAACAAGAUAUGGUAUCACUAUCCAAUGGGACAAGGGCAUGAGGGUGUACGUCAAACUGCAGCCCAAAUACAUGUCCAAGGUGUGCGGCCUGUGUGGAGACUUCGACCAGAAUGCUAACAACGACUUCCGUACUCGUAACGGCCAGGUUGAGAGCAGUGCUCUCCCCUUUGCCAACUCGUGGCGUGUCCGUGAAUCCUGUCCAAACACAGAAGAGCCGAGUGACCCUUGCGAACUUAAUCCCGAUAGAGAACAGUGGUCCCAGCAUGCCUGCGCUAUUCUGAGGACUGAGGCUUUCGCUUCGUGUCAUUCUGUGGUGAAUGUGGAUGAUUAUGAGAGGAACUGCGUGUGGGACUCGUGCGCCUGUAACCGGGGUGGGGACUGUGAGUGUCUGUGCACAGCCAUUGCAGCCUACGUCAAGGAGUGCUCUGACAAGGGCGUCUGCAUCCGCUGGAGAAGCAUGGGAAACUGCCCAAUGCAGUGCGAGAAUGGUAUGGUGUACAAGGCCUGCGGAUCGUCCUGCCCCAAGUCCUGCUCAGACCUGGCUGCCCCUGAAGAAGUGUGCUCAUCAGAAGAUGUAGAGGGUUGUCAUUGCCCCAACGGAACCGCUCUCCUCAAUGGUCGUUGUGUGGAGUACUCUGACUGCCCGUGUACUGACCCGUCGUCUGGCGAGGAAUUCCAGCCCGGCCAGGUCAUGGUCAGAGAUUGCCGCUUGUGCACCUGUAUCAAUGGAGGAUUCCGAUGUGCCAGUGGUGCUGGGUGUAGUGGUGGCACCACACCUGGGACUGUCACACAAUACUGCACGGCUGAUGAUCAGAUGCUGUGUAACGGAAACAACACCUGUGCCACUCGCUGUGACAGAGUCAAGGAGUGCAUCUUCAAUGAGGAUGAAGAAAACUGUGUUUUCCCGACCACACAACCAGUCAUAGUAACAGAACCUGAGGAACUCACCACUGUGCCUGUCACAGAUCAGACGCCUGAAACAACUGAGGAGAUUGUCACAGUCACAGGACCUGUUACACACAGCACAGUGCCAUCUACUGGAGAAAUCACCACACAACCUACAGGGCCCACAACUCCGCUUGUCUGUGAGCACCCAUACACCCUUACCCAGUGUAAGCGACACUGUGACGACCUGUGUCACUCCCUGGGCUGGAACUGCGACCCUACAGGAACCUACCAUUGCCAGAAAGGUAUCAUACCUGUUCUGAACCAAUCUGUGAAGUGGGCGCUUUCCCCUGGCACCACCCAGUUUGGUCGUGGUGACCUAUUUGAGACAGUUGCCUUUGAAAUGCCAGCAGGGUGUGCACUAACCCCUGGCUAUGCUGAAGAUGAGGAAGGACCAGUCCCUGUAACCCGAUGUUCGUGUUACGAUGAGGUUGAUGCCACUGUUAGACAGGCGUUUGCAAGCUGGCAGAGAGGCUGUGAGACAUGCGUCUGUAUCAACAACACGAUCACCUGCUCUCUGGAUUGCGGAGACAUUACCUGUCCACAGUUCUUUGAGGCCCGAUCUAUGCCUACAUCAUGCUGCCCAGUCUGCGUACGUACCUCUGAGCCAGUUGUCACUACACUGCCACCACCCACGCUGACGCCGGUUCCCCCUACCACACCAGGGGAGACAACUCUCCCACCCAGCAGUACUACACCAGAGAUACCUGAUGAAGGUAGCUUCACUACGAUUCCACAUCCUCCUUCCUCCCCCGUCACGGGCUAUGUGACCCCUGAGGAGACAACUCCACCCAGUGAAAGAACAACCGAACCGUCUACAUCCGCACCAACAACAACAGAGGCCUAUCCAACAGGCAGUCCCUCCCCGUCACCGUCAGUUGGAACAACAUCUGUGCCUGAAGGAACAACUGCUGAAUCUUGUGUGUUGAGUGAUGGAAUGAAGGACCCGAGCCUUAUUUCUGACGACCAAAUCCAAGGUUUGCCGUACAAUGUAGGAAUUCCAGCCGAAGCCCGAAGCACAGGCUGGGUUGUUCCUAUCAGUCCUGUAGAAGAAACUGGUCUGGUUAUCUCCCUUUCUGAGCCCUCGGCUGAGGUGGAUCCAAUCUACGUAGACAGUGUGAAUGUUAAUGGAAACGUCAAGUCUUACUCUGUCCAUUACAAGCUGAACGAGGCCGAUCCAGCCUGGACUGCUGUGCACGACGACCUAGGAACACCUGUUUUGUUCCCAGGCAACAGUUACCAGAAAUUAGGAGAUGGCAUUAACGCCGAGGUGAUCAAAGUUGGGUUUAAGGAACCUCUGUCUGAGCAGCAGGACACCUACAUGGCCCAGGUCAGCAUUCUUGCCUGCUUCAAACCACGACAAGGACCUACUUUUACUGUUCCAACAUCAGCACCGGAGACAACGACCACAGAGGAGACUCUCAUCACUGAAAGGGUCUCCACAACAGGGCCAACGCACGUGGGUCCGACUACAGAGGAACCUGUGUCAUGUGACAUACAGGGAGAGGUGUAUGACCAGUGUCGAUGUCGCAGAACUUGUGACGAUGUCCGAGCAAAUCGUCAGUGUAGCUCUCAGGCGGAAUUUGUCGACAUCUAUGGAUUUUGCUGUGGAUGUGUGGAGGGUGAAGUGUAUGGGGACAAUGGAGCCUGUGUGCCAGCCGAGAUGUGCCAGUGUGAAGAUGUCACUGGAACCAGUCAUGCUCUGAACAGCCACUUCACACGACAAGGAGAGCACUGUACUGAGGACUGUGUCUACACUUACAACUGCACCCUGAACUGCGUGCCCAAAUGUGACAUCCAGUGCCAGACUGGCUUCAAAAAAGUGACCACCAAUGACAACUGCUGUAUGUGCAUGCCAGUGCCCACUGUUCCGAUCACAACCCUCCCAUCCACAACAGGCGGCGAGACUUCCUGUGUCUGCGCCCCAAACGCCACCGCGUGUGACAACUGUCAGAAGUGCUUCACCCCUGAGCUCGUCUGUGAUGGGAAGAAUGACUGUGAUGAUGGACUGGAUGAACAGAACUGUGAUUGCGUCCACAACGGGCAGCGUUACCUGUCUGGUGCAACCUGGGAAUACAACAGCUGUACUACAUGUGAAUGUAGCCAUGGCCGAGUGGAAUGUACCAAGGAAUGUCCUGUGGGAAAAUCCUGUCCUACGGGUUACAUUCUUGACCUGCAUUUGAAUGACGAGGCUUGUUGCAGCUGUAAACAGAGCAGUGUGUCUGUGGGAGCAAUCACAGAAUGUGACAAUGCCCUUUUGGAUUCCUCCACACUAAUAUCUCCUGCCGGCGUCGGAAUUAUUGGAGAAGACGCUUUUGUUCCCAGUGAUGCCCAGCCUUUCCUGGAGAUAGAUCUGGGCCAAGACCUUGACCUGACAGCUGUGGAGGUCAUGGGUAGCGCCUUCACCCUGGAGACACGUCUGGGCCUGCUGCCUGUGUUUGAGCCCUAUAAAGACCCAGCUGAUCUUUCUGCACCUAAACAGUUUGUUCCUGAAUCAGCCAAUGCCCCACAAAGAUUUGAUCUGGUUACAACAUUCGCAUCUAAAGUAAGAAUCAUCCCAGAUGGACCCAUCAAUGUUCAGCUGAGAGGAUGUGCAGUUAGUGUUGGGACUACAUUGCCGGUGAUCACUCCCACCAGGCCAGUCACCGGUGGCUCAACCACUAGGGGAACCACACAGCCUGCUGAAACCACAACUGGAGCACCAACCACAACUGGAGCACCAACCACAGAGGAAGCAUGUCAAGAGACCGUGUUGACAGACAUCGCCCAACUCGGCAAGUCUUACCACAUCGCUGCUUCCUCAAGCCAGAUCACAUCCCCCAGAGCCCUCUACACAGAGGCAGAUGUCACCCCGCGCAGCUGGAGCCCAUUACCUACUGACAACGCACCCUCCAUUGUUGUCACGACAACUGCAGAACAAACGACCUUCACAGGUUUUGACCUGGAGGUUGUGCCAGGGACAGGUGACCUUGCCAGUGUCUUGUUUAGCAACGAUGGUGAUGAGUGGUUCCCUGCUCCAAACACGCCUCAGGUUUACCCACCAGAUGUGUCGGGAGUGAUAAGUGUCCCUGUGAAUGAAGGCACUGGAGUAAGUGCACGCUCCGUCAUGUUUACUUUUGAUACAGCUUCCCCAGGUGAUCUUCAGGUGUCCAAUCUGGCAGUGAAAAUCUGUGGCAGAGGAACAGGACCCCAGACCACACCAUCCACAGAGACCACACCCCCCACAGAGACCACACCCCCUACAGGUACAACCACGGUCAGCAGGUGUGUGGAGGGCGAGACCCGCGCAGAGAACCAGUGUUAUAACCUGACUUGUCUGCAUGGAAACCUUAUCAGAAUCAGGGCCUGUAACAAGAUUUGUCAAGAGGGAGAAACCUUGGUGACCCUGGAUGGUUCCUGCUGCCAAUGUCUGACUUUCACGACAACGGUCACAACAGUGUAUGCUUCCCCUACAUCAGCCCCGACUUCCCGCCCUACCACAGCAGCCACCAGGACUACCACUGCUGUCCCCAGUACUCCACACACGAUAAUGUGUGACGCUCCCCUGACAGCCACAGACUGUGUGAAGACCUGCCCGUACUGUCACUUCAUGAGCAGGGACUGCUCUCCUUCCCCCGAGAUUGCUCAUCUCUGCCUGUCAGGGUGUGACUGCCCUGGGGAUCUGGUGUACAAUGGAACCCACUGUGUUACCCCCGGGGCAUGUCUCUGUCUGGACAACAACCAGAUCAGAAGGCCUGGAGAAAGCUGGGUAGAUGGCUGCCUGAGGAAAGCCUGUUUUAACAACGACAUUAUGGUUCUUGACGACAUGUGCGCUACGACGCAGCGCCCAGACAUCACAGAUGUGGUAUCGGGUGGAUCUACACCUGUUAGAGUAACAACAACAGAAUGCCCAGACCUGACAUGGACAGAGACGAGGUGCGGAGUCGAGCGGAAGUUUGUCUGUGCCUGCUCCGUGGAGAGACACGAGUGCGUUCCACUGGAAACUUGCCCUCCAGGAAUCUGUCCUCCUAGUCAGCAUCCAAUAGAACAAGCCGAUGGCUGCUGCGGAUGUGUUGCCUCUAUUCCAUUUACCACAACUGCUAUUCCACCCUUGUGCAUGGAGUCUCUCUUUGCUUGUACCAUCCCAUGCGAUGUGAGAGCUUCCAUGACCUGCUCUGAGUUUGUCACCUCCGGACUGGUCGCCCAGUACCCCGACAGCCUGACCUCUAUGCUCCUCCCCGAGUGCCAGAGGGUGUGUCCUCCAGGGUACACAGCUGAGGAAGAGCCCCUCCCUAUAGAUAUGCUGUUCUGUACUAAGAGGUCAACAUGCAAGGACUGUGUUGAUCCCAGAGGUCACACCAUUCCACAUGGCUCUGUGUUUGACGAGACUGAUACCGCUGGCCGACUAGUAGAGUGUCGUGUGUGUGAAUGUACCAACACAGAACUGACCUGCCGAGAUGUUGAUGGAUGUGUGAAGGUGACGACGGAAGGCCCGUACUCGACGGCAGAAGGCCCGUACUCCACGACAGCUGCCUACACCAGCACCAUGAGAAUCACCACUGUGGUACAGUGUGAUGGCUGUAUGGGCAACGGAGUCUGUAGACAGGUGAAUGAUACCUGGGAAGUGAACAGCUGUACAACGUGUACCUGUGCUAAGGUGGGUACGGAGGUGUGCCAUAAGGAAGAGUGCCAAGACCUUAUGUGUGACUUCCCUCGGGAACCAGUCAACGUACCUGGACGGUGUUGCCCUGUCUGCAGCUGUGAAGACCGAGACUUUGAACACCGUGAAGAACCAUGCACUGGUUGCCGUAGAAACGUUUGUCAUAGUGUCAAAGACCAGUGCUUCCCUAAAACCGACGACAGUUGCUGCGAAUGUAAACAUGGGUCGAUGUUUAACGGCACAGACUGUAUACCAAGCAAGGAGUGUGGGUGUAGGGACGAGAUGGGCAUGCUUAGACGGUUUAAUGAAGAAUGGAGCGAUGAGUCUAACCCGCUUUGCGUAGAACACAUGUGUGUGAACAACCAGAUUGAGACUGUUGACUUGUUCCUGGAUUGCCCCAUCCGAUUCUGCAAACAGGGAGAGAGACUGGUUCAACCAGACCACAGUUGCUGUCAAGUCUGCCAAGCUUUAGCAACAACAACAACUGCACCAGUGCCUACCACUCCCCUGGAACAAACAACCUCAGCUGCCCCAACUACAACGGCCACUACACAUCAAACCACUCUACCCACAGAAGGAGGUUGCCUGAGGAGCCGUCAGUGUGAGUGUGCAGAAGAUUGCUCUGGUGAAGUCUGUCUUCUCACCCCAGCCUGUUGCCCUGACUAUAACUGUCACAUGGGGUAUGUCAGGAAUGCAAACAAUGCUUGUGUCCUCCCUGCUCAAGGGUGUUCAGGUUGUUCCGUGGAGCUCCUCAGCAAUACACUUAGCGCCAAUGACCUUAUCAUUGUCUCCUCGGCCUCCUCACUGGAGAAUGACGCCUCUCAGAUUACGCCGAACGGCCGCGGCUGGCAACCUGCUGCGGAAGAUGCUGCACCGUACGCAACCAUCACUUUGCCUGUUGUCACGACGAUUGGUGGUGUCUCGAUACGCUCGGAGUUUGUGGAAUCGUUUACUGUGCAGUACAUAGCUGACAACCAAAACUGGCAGACUGUCUCUGCACUUGGAACGCCACGUAGAUUCUAUCCCACUGACAGUUUGACAUAUGAGCAGUUUGUCUUCCCUGAGUCUGUGGAUGCCAGGACGGUUAGUCUUGUCUUCAAGCCCAGUCAGGAAGCAGGGGAAGGAGCCACGCCUCUCAUUAACCUGGAUGUACUGGGAUGUGAUGAGGAAGAGCCUACAGUGGUUGUGACAGAGGAAGUGACGCCGACUGGUGAAGUCAUUACAACAACAACAACCAAGACUCCAGCUGUCACCACAACAGAAGUGUAUUGUGAAGAAGAAGAUGGAAUGAAGGACCCACAACGUUUACCAGAUGAUUCUAUCCAGGUGUCUCAGCUUGACCCCUCAAGCUCUCCUGAAGAUAUCCGUCCUGAAGGAAAGUCAGCCAUAAUCCCUGUGGACACAGCUAAUCCCCCUUACAUCCAACUGGAUCUGACUCCCAAUGGUGAAGACCCCGUUGUUGUUGGCAGAGUGAUAGUCACAGGAAAUGUUGGUCGUGUAGCCAUUGAGAAAAGAGAUAACCCAACUGAAGAGUUCGUCAACCCAGCUGGAAGACAAUCUUUCGAGGUCCCAGAAAAUGGUGAAAUUCAACUGCCCAAGGACUUUACUGCUUCAGACAUCCGUAUCACACUUUUGGAACCGAAACAGGAAGAAGCUGUUCAGACUCCAGUAGAGAAUUAUGAAGUGGAGCUGGAAGUGUUCUGCUGUUAUAAGCCUAAAGGUAAAGUUGGACACUGUCCAUUGCAGACACUGGCAAAUUAG